GAUGGAACCCGUUCUAAUAGCAGUUUGGGUCCUAUGACAUUUUCGCCCUGAUGUGGUUCCAUCAUGCUGUCUCCUUUUGGCCCUACCAACCCGUUGUAAUGAUUGGAUUGAUGUAGCAUAAGCGGUACUGCUUUGUACAACAGAUGUCGAUACAGGUUCUGAAUUGUCCACAAGUUAUUCAGUAUGAAGACCGGUGGCGGGAAGCAGCAAAACCGAGGACGCCUAUCUAAGGAACCGGGGCUUUUCUCUAAUGAAUAGGAAUCAAUGGCAGGCUAUCUUCGAAGCUGGUUGCAGCUCGUGUUCAACAUGUUAAUUGCUUUCGGAGUCCAUGCGUGCGUCGAGAAAGACUCAGCUCCCGGAACCACAGAUUAUAUGCUGCGAGAAUAUGGAAACGUUCGCCUUCGUUCUCUCACAUCUCCCUAUAAUCCAUCACGCUUUCGUGGUCGGCCAUCAUUUUCACGUAGUCUUGCCCUGGUUCAUCGUAGUUCUUUGCUGUCGUAGCCACAUUCGGCAAGUUUCCCUUUGGUCUGAAGAGGGGAGAGCACCGACCUUGUUUACUUUACUGAGAGCCAGCAGAUGACACGGC